CAGGUUUGUCCCCCUCUCUUUCUCUGUCUCGCCCGCGUCCGUGUGAAUGGUGAAUGGUGUAUGGGAGAGUGAGCAGCUGAUCUGAUGUGGGAGAGUGGUAGACGGCAGAGAUGACGAUGAGUAUCGACGUGCUCACUAUGCUGGCCGAUUCGUACAUCGAUGAGUACCAGAGCUUCUGUGAGAAGGUGCAGGAUCCGCCGACGGACGAGUUGGCUCGCGUGAUUGUGUACAGUGACGAGGAGCUGGGGUAUGAAAUGCUUCUGCUUAUUUUGCUGCUGUUUCCUCCGGAGUUUGCUGAUACAGAGCAUAGUGCUCUCAUCCGCCACUUGGUCCCCGCCUUCCGCACACCGUCAUCGCUCCUGAAGACGCUACAAUCGUGGACGGUACAGUUCUCCGCCGCCCAGCAAACGCACCCGCACCUGUACACGACCUACCACAACCUGCUCACCAGCCUCACCACGCUCUCCGAAGAAUACGUACACUUCACCAAGUCCAUAUCCCUCGCGAUCUCGCACCUCCACCCGCUCUGCGCCACCUUCAUAAGCCGCGUGCGUCGCACCCCUACCAUCCACAAAGCUCUCCGCAUCGGCUGCGCACUCUGGCGGUCGCUCGCCACGUCCUUCACGAAAGCAAAGAUGAACCUGUAUGCGGCACACAUGCAAGCACUGCUGCAGCUCAACGCCGACGGCCUGACGCGGAUCGAAAUCGGGGCCAUAUACGUCAUGCUCGUGCCGAUUACGUUGGUCAUGAGGAUGAUGUGUUUGGAGGGCGACGCUUUCAGGGAUAUCUUGGUUGUCAUGGGCUGUGUGCGCUAUGUUGGCAGGAGAGCGGAAAGGAUCAGGAAGCUGAGGGAAUGGUGUCAUGAAAGGGUCUUCGAUGAUGGGUUUGUCGAGGUCGAGGUGAGGCAGAAGGUGAAAGUGAAGGUGGAGACGGAGACGGAGACGGAGAUGUCGGAUGAACUGCCGGUUCCCUCCUCCACCACCACGCCAGAGACGAAGGCGCCUGCUGAAGCUACCAUCACCACCACCGCCACCGAGGAGUCUUCCAAAAAGAAGAAGAAGAAGAAGAAGAAGAGCAAGCGCGGGUUUGUGGAGGUGGAAGUGAAGGAGCAAGUGGAGGUGGAGACGGAGACGGAGAUGUCCGAUGAACUGCCGAUUCCCUCCACCACCACGCUGGAGACGAAGGCCCCUGCCGAAGAUACCAUCCCCGCUACCGAGGAGUCGUCGAAAAAAAAGAAGAAGAAGAAGAAGAACAAGCGCGGGUUCGUGGAAGUGAAGGAGAAAGUGGAGGUGGAAGUGAAGGAGGAGGUGGAGGUGAAGACGGAGGUAGACAAGUCCGAUGAACUCCCGAUUCCCUCCACCACCACGCCAGAGACGAAGGCGCCUGCCGAAGCUACCAUCACCGCCACCGAGGGGUCGUCCAAAAAGAAGAAGAAUAAGCGCAAAUCGAAGAAGCAGGCGUCACCACCACCACCUGAUGACGGUGAAGCGGCGACUGUCGACGACAAGAACGAGGACGAAGACGAGGACGAAGCAGUGAACGUUGAGGGAACUCAACCCCUCGAGCACGGGAAUGAACGUGUGGACGACAAGGACGAGGACAAGGACGAAGUCGUGAACAUUGAGGGGACUCAAACCCCCAAGCACGGGAAUGGAUGUGUGGACGGAGACUUGAAUGUAUAGCAUAGAGCUGCCGUCUCCUCUCCAUAUGUUGGGAAUACAUGUGUACGUACCAGUGGGGGGUUUAAUAUCUGAACUACUAGAAUUGAAGCGAAAGCGCUGUUAACAAAACCUCCCGUACACCCUCUCCCCACACUACGCCUUCUUCUCCUCCUCCUUCCCCCGUCCCUCAG